AUGUCUUUUCCGCAUUCUCGUGACUGCUCCAUCCUCAUCCCCAUCCAUAUCCCUGGCAACCAGGAAACAACGGGCUGCAACUUGACGCGUCAGUUAAAGAAACCAGCAGCUACGAAUCAGCGCUUCGCUGCCCUGGUCCUCCUUCACAUCCUCCUCACAACCACAGCGGUCCACCGCCACCGCCGACGCCGGCAAACCCGCCGAUCUUUUUCCCGCACCUCCUCAUUAUAUUCCAUGCAAGACCUCUAUGACCUCCUCCCGCACCUUAACUACUCUGCAUCAGAACAGACCACAAUGGAUUGUGCAAUUUGCUUGGAGGGUUUCAAGGAGGGAGAGCUUAGCCGGAAGCUGCCGGAUUGUAACCAUUUAUUUCACCUGAAUUGUGUGGAUAAUUGGCUUACGAAAAAGCCCAACUGCCCUGUUUGUCGAACCCGGGUUCAGCUCCAUUCUGGGGCUUCUAGGUCAAGAGACAGUGAUGAUGACGGGAAGUUUUGGUGGCCUGUUGGGGCCUGA